ACGGUCUGAGCGUCUGAGCAAUGUCUAUCACGACAAAAAUGCUCAGUUUUAACUAUUUGUAACUGACUGUUUCACUGUUUUGGCUGCAAUGCCCUCAAAAUGAAAGUCGCGCCUCAUAAGUUUACUUUGUGGAAGUUUUGUGUAGUUCUUGUAAUGAGUCAGGAUGUUCUGUGUAAAUAUGUUAACAUAGCUGUGGAUGUCCAAACACCGCUGAGGAAUUUAAAACAUUUUUGGAGGAGCACCGGGUACUGGUAAGCGGAAGGGCUUUUCUAUCUGUAGUGUUCUAACACUACACUGUUAUGCUUAUGACUACAGAGAUGAUCAGGAUGGUGCCAGCACAGAGACAGCAACAUCAGGCACACGAGGUUACAAUUUAUCUUGAAAGAUGACAGAACAGAUAUAACAUCGUAUGUAGCCCACCUUUUCCUCAUACCGAGGCAGAUGUGUAUGACCUGAGCAGGGAUGAGGAGUUGAAUUUGGCCUAUGUUGGCUCAGUUCCCCACAGUGGAAUUCAGCAGUGUUGUGGAUGGAGAGGCAAAGUACAAUUUCACAAAUCUGGAUAAACUAAUGGAUCAGCUGUGGCAGAAUGGUCUUAAACCAGGAUUUGAGUUGAUGGGAAGUGUGUCCAACUUUUUUCAUGACUUUGAGGACAAACGGCAAGUAAUGGAAUGGCGUAACCUGGUCUAUCAUACAGCUAUGAGGUACAUCGGGAAGUAUGGCAUGGGAUAUGUCUCACAGUGGAAUUUUGAGACAUGGAAUGAGCCCAACAAUCAUGAUUUUGACAAUGUCACGGUUUCCAUACAAGGGUUCCUGAAUUAUUAUGAUGCCUGUUCUGAGGGCCUCCGGGCGGCCAGCCCUGCCUUAAAGUUUGGGGGUCCUGGAGACUCCUGCCACUCCCCUCCCCACUCCCCGUACUGCUGGGCCAUGCUGGAGCACUGUCAUAAUGGGACAAACUAUUUCACUGGUGAGAGGGGGGUUCGUCUUGAUUACAUCGCCCUGCACAAAAAGGGUGGGGGAUGCUCUUUACCAAUAUUGCAACAGGAGAUUGAUACAGUGAAAGAAAUUCAGCAACAUUUCCCAUUAUUUCAAUCAAAACCUAUAUAUAAUGAUGAGGCUGAUCCUCUUGUGGGCUGGUCAAAACCACAGUUAUGGAGAGCGGAUGUGACCUAUGCUGCCAUGGUGAUAAAGGUGAUCGGUCAGCAUCAGGACAUGCUCAUAGCCGACCCCGACAACAACAUCAAUUACACUCUCCUGAGCAACGACAACGCCUUCCUUAGUUACCACCCCUACCCAUUCACGCAGCGCACGCUCACAGCCCGUUUCCAGGUCAACAACACCAAGCCACCACAUGUGCAGUUGCUAAGGAAACCUGUUUUGACUGUUAUGGGAUUGCUGGCAUUGUUAGGAGAAACUCAAGUACUAGCUCAACUGUCAGAUGAUGCAUCUGAGAAUAAUACUGUUGGAGUCCUUGCAAGCAUCCAUAAACCCUCGAUUCCUGGGACCUCUGACAGCUGGCAGUCCACCAUUGUCAUCUACAGCAGCAAGGACAACAUUACCUCUUCUGAUGUAGAUCAGAUCCAAAUUCAGCUCAAAGGUUUCCCCAUUCAGCAAGGACUUAUGUAUGUCACAUACUACCUGGACAAUAAUUCAACAAAUCCUCACCAGCUGUGGCAAAGCAUGGGAAGCCCGGAUUUCCCCACAGCGGAGCAGUUCAGGCAACUGAGGCUUCUAGAGGACCCAGUGAUUCAAGGGCCCCUACCUUUUCCUGAUGGGGGAGGUCUAACCCUGAAGGCAAAUCUGCCCAUCCCAUCUGUCCUCCUGAUCCAUGUGUGUGCCAAAACCAGCGCUGUUCCAGGCCAGGUAAAUGGCUUGCGUUUCAUUUCCAUCACCAAAGGCCAGGUUCUUAUUGUGUGGAAGGACCACUGUAUUACUUCCAAGUGCAUUAAAUCCUAUGAGAUAGAGUUCUCCAGGGACCUGGUCAAAUUCCAAAGGAUAAAUGAUCACAAUACCAUCUUUACUUCGUAUGUGUAUUCACCAGAAAACAUGAACGUGUCUGGUUUCUACCGAGUACGAGCAGUGGACUACUGGGAAAGAUCUGGGGAGUUUUCACUAACAGAGAAAUAUGUGGAGGACCAGUGACCACAACUGUAAUCAUUGCUGCUGCAUUUAUUUUUGGUUACUGAUUAGAACUUGAAUGUAUUUUUCUACCAAUUGCACACAUGAUGUACUGUAUGUAUUUGCACAACAAUUUUAGAUUAGGAUAGUAACAAGGGAAUUAAUCAUGAGAAGUUUUAAAUCCAGUGCCAGUAAAAACAGAUGAUGCUCAA